CGCAAUCCUCCUGCUGAGGGGAACGCCGAGGCGCUUCUUUUGAGGGCUGCUGGCUCCUCUCUCAGAGGAGCCAAAAUGGCGGCUCCAGAGUAGUCCUGCGAGGAAGGGAGCCCUGAAUUGAGCCCAGAGCUUCCCCGAAAGGCGGAGGAGCCCCGGAAAGAGACUCCGAGGCGGCUGUGGCAGCAGGUUUUGGUCUCUGUUGAGGAAGAGUUCGACAGAUGGCUUCCAUAUAUCGGCUCUUCCUUGAGGAGAUCUCAGCUUGGUACUACUGAAGGUGCUUUGCGGAGAUGAAAAAUACAGCUUGGCCACAAGACACAGCUGCAAAGGUCCUCAGGAAUUGCCCAAUGGUGUCUCCUGAUCUUCAUGGGGCCUGGCACACAAGGACAGCUUGACAGUUCCUUCUUUUCCACUUGCUUUGGCAGCUAAGCAUUUUGGCAAGAGGGCAGUUCUGGUGGUGCUGUGGGGCGUCUGGCAGGGGCAGCUGUGCUAUGAAUUGGUGUUUAUGGAUUGUUUACCUUGCCCUGGUCUGCAGCAGCUUCAUUGAAGGUGACAGUGAAAAAAAACCUCGUACUGUGAUUGGUCGGAAAGGAGAGAGCACCAUUUUGGACUGCAAUUUACUGAAGUCAAAUGAGGCGAGUCCCCCUCUGUACGUUAUCGAGUGGGUGCGCUUUGGUUUUCUUCUCCCCAUCUUCAUCAAAUUUGGCCUCUAUUCCCCCCGUGUGGAUCCAAAGUAUGUAGGUCGUGUGCGGAUCCAUGAAGGUGCCUCUCUCCGGAUUGAGCAGCUGCGGGCAGAAGAUCAGGGCUGGUACGAGUGUCGAGUUCUCUUUCUGGACCGUCCCAACAGUGAUGAUGAGUUCCAGAAUGGCACCUGGAUCCACCUCACCAUCAAUUCUCCACCAGCUUUCCAGGAAAUCCCACCUGCUUCCGUGGAAGUACAAGACCAAAAUCCUCUUACUCUCUCAUGCUCAGCAGCAGGGAACCCCCAGCCAGUGAUCACUUGGAAGAGAGACAACCAAGCCAUUGAAAGUGGAGAUAAGGUGCAGGUGAACAAUGGGACUCUUGUCUUCACCAGUGUGGAGCGGGCUGCUGCCGGGACAUAUACUUGUCAUGCUACCAGCGAGGAGGGCACCAUCACCCAUACAACCCAUCUACUGGUCCAAGGGCCACCAGUAAUUGUGGUUCCUCCACAGAACAUCACAGUCAACCUCACACAAGAUGCCUUCAUGUCAUGUAAAGCUGAGGCAUAUCCUGCCAAUCUUACUUAUAGCUGGUUCCAGGGAAAAACCAAUGUUUUCCACCUUAGCCACCUCCAGUCGCGAAUUCGCAUUUUGGUGGAUGGGAGUCUCUUAGUUCAGAAAACAAUUCCGGAGGAUUCAGGGCAAUAUACUUGCAUCCCCAGCAAUGGACUAAGAAGGUCACCUUCUGCCUCUGCCUUUCUCACAGUUCUAUUUCCAGCACAAGCGACUAGCAUGCCCUCUGAGAUCCUACUGCCAAUAGGAAUGCAAGGCAUAAUCAGAUGCCCCAGCAGAGCCAACCCUCCCCUGCUCUUUGUCAACUGGACCAAAGAUGGACAGCCACUGGACUUAGGCAAGUUUCCAGGCUGGUCAAUGAAACAUGAUGGUGCCAUUUUGAUUGCCACAAGCAAUGAUGAUGCCCUUGGUGUGUACACUUGCACUCCAUACAACAGCUAUGGUACAGCUGGCUCUUCUACACCCACUCGUGUCCUCUUGAAGGAGCCUCCUACAUUCAUCCUGUGCCCCAAGGAAGAAUAUUUCCAGGAGGUGGGGCGGGAGCUGCUCAUUCCGUGUGCUGCCCAAGGUGACCCCAUACCCAUCAUCUCCUGGACAAAGAUGGGCAGCAAGAGCCUGGCCAAUGCCUGGGUGGAUAAGAAUAACAGCUUGGUCUUACGGCCACUGACAAAGGAGCAGCAUGGCUUAUGGGAGUGUGUUGCCAAUAAUGGUGUGGCCCAGGUCAGAGCGACAACCACUGUCUACGUAUUGGGUACCAGUCCUCACACUGUGGCCAACGUCUCACUGCUGCCACUCAAGCAGGCAGUCAACAUUACCUGGGAUCCAGGUUUCGAUGGCGGCUACUUUCAGAGAUUUAGCAUCUGGUACACACCACUGUUGAAACACCUCAGUCGCCCUCACCAUGACUGGGUCUCAGUGCCUGUGCCUGUUGGGGCCUCCCAUAUCCUAGUGGAGAACCUGCAGCCAGACACCAGUUACCAGUUCAGUGUCCUAGCCCAAAACAAACUGGGUAGUGGGCCCUUCAGUGAGAUUGUCACCAUUGUGCCACUAGGUUUCCCAACAGGCACCAUGCCACCUGAUCCCUUGACUACUACUGUGCAGAUCUUCCUUUCCCCGCCCCAGUCUUUGAUGGCCAAUGAGACCACAAGAGGGGUUUUGCUGCUGUGGGAACCCCCUUUCCAAUACUCUGUGGCCCUGACUGGCUAUGCACUGGAACUACGACAAGACCAGGGAGGCUGGGAGGUGCUGGAUGGGUCCAUUCCUAGCUCUAAGACACAGCUCCUGGUGCCUGGUCUAAUCAAGGAUGCCUUCUAUGAAUUCCGUCUGGUGGCCUUUGCUGGCAACUACAUCAGUGACCCCAGUAACACUGUCAACAUUUCUACAACAGGCAUGGAGGUAUACCCAUCCCGCACCCAGCUCCCUGAGCUCCUGCCUCAGCCUGUACUCGCUGGAGUGAUUGGAGGCGUUUGCUUUCUCAGCACCGCUGUUAUCUUCAGUACCAUGGCAGCUUGCAUCAUGAACCAUAGGCGAGCUGCCCGUCUUCGCAAACGGAGGCAAGAUACAUCAAUCGUCUUCUCCCCCAACAAGAAGCUUCUACCUUCACAAAACUCUACAGGCACUGCUAGCCCAGACAGCAUUGUGAAGCUGAAGCUGCAGACGCCCUCCUACCAGAGCCUUCGCCGCAGCCUGCUGUGGGGCGAAGAACCUGGCCCCAAACCAAGCCUCAAUAUUGCCAGUGGCAACGCGGGAAACAGUUCCAAGUACGCUCUCUAUGAGAGCCACGUUGGGGAGCCAUUGCCACUGGAGCACAUCUGCCGUGGUCCUGAUGGACGUUUUGUGGUGCAGAGUGAGGCCUGGCCUCAGGAACAUUUGGGAGCAAUAAGGGAGCAAUAUUCCCUGUCCUUCACUUCUUCCAAGAGCAGUCCGUGCCAGUCAGAGCCUUAUCUGCAAGUCUCCUCUGCCCCUAGACCUAAGGAACCUAUUUGGCAAAAAAAUGUCAUUCUCAGGCCCAAGAACGCCAGCCAAAGCCACUGUGAAGCUAAGGCCUCUGGCUACUUUGACUACAGCAGCAGCAGCCCAACGGAGGACGCUGAACCACUGUGUAUUGUCAAUAUGAGUCCAGUAGCAACCAUCCCAUAUGAGUCGACCAAAGAGCAGGCCCAGGGCUCUGAAGAGCAUUUGGCUACUGCCACUUCCUUUUUCUCCUCACUAGGCCAGAUGGCUAGUCCUUCCUUACCAACCUACUACAGCCCUCCAAGUAGUCAGGUCCAAAUAAAUACCUCACCCCAAAGUGGUAUUCUCCAGUACUUGAGUCUCCCCUUCUUCAAGGAGAUGAAUGUGGAUGGCGACUGGCCAGUGGAGGAGGAGGAGGAGGAGGGAGAAGAGGACGAGAAGCAAACGUCAAAGCCAGCCUUUUGUGAAGUUUUGGGUUCCACUGAACACACACUGUUAAGAGAUGAGGCCAAAACUCCUUCUCCAGCCUACAUGGAUAUGCAAGCCAGUUUAGGCUCCACUCAGGAACCAGCUUCAGCUAAAUCUCUUCUCAAGCUCCCCAGCGCUGAUGCAGGCCCAGCUAAAGCUGCCUUGCCAGGCUCCUCUGUUUGCCCAAGUUACCUCAGUUCUGUUUUGGAAAUGCCCUCACCCGGGAAGCAAGGGCCUUGGUUGCAAACGCUGUCACCCUCCCAGUCCUUCACAGACAGUUGCCAGACGGAGCUGGUGUACACAGCCAUCCCCUCAGAGCAUGACUGGCUCCGCAUGGCAGAGUUGCCCGCAGACUCUCUGCCCCCCGAGAGACACAGGUUGCCCAUCGCUGUUGUCCCCACUGAGAAGUUGCUCAGAGGCAGUCUAACCAGCCAAAGCAGCGGCCGAGGCAGCGGGUCCUUCUUGCGGCCCCCCUCACUGGCACCAUCUUUGACCAGCAGUUAUCUCAGCUCACCCUUGCCAGAAAUGAGCAAUUGGCAGAAUAGUUCCGCCGGAGAGGAGCGCAAACCAAAAAGGGAGUCUGUUGUCACCAUCAAUAAAAGGAAGAACACCUCUGUGGAUGAGAACUAUGAGUGGGACUCAGAGCUGACCCUGGAGUCUGACCUGCUGGAUGCAUUGCAACUAUAUCGGAGUGGAAACCCUAAAAGGCCGGUCUCCACCAUUGCAGCGCACGAGUUGGAGAAACAGAAUUCAAGGGCCUCCAGCGAAAGCAGUGGCUCUCCCUCCAAUUCCCAGUCUGUGGGGGCCUUGGACUGGCCCAGUUCCCCUGUGCCCUUGCCCAGUCCUGAGGAACGUUGCGCUGCUUUGCGCGAAGAAUUUCUGGCCUACCGCCAGCGCCGAGAGGCCACCCAGCAACGCCGCCAGAAGCUGGGCUCUGGCAGGAAGCAGCGGGACGAGUGCAUCGAACAGACCACUUUGCUGUGAGGAGAUGCCCCCCCCCCCCGUACCUGCUUGAACAUGAUUUCCCCCGCCAGGCGUUUUUCUCUCUGCAGCGGGAAUGGGGAAACAUUUUGGCAGACGUUUUGGCAGUGCUUUUUUGGGAGCUUGUCAUAGGAACUGCAUCAUGGAUGAUCCGAUGAUUCCAAAAACACUAGGAGAAGUUUUCUGAUUAGGAGGUAGAUAAUGUGAUCCCUAGAGUGUCCUAUCCUGUUGGGGGGGAGAUGGGGGAUGUUAAAACUACUGGUUUUGUAAUCUGUUUUGAAAACCGAUGCUGGAUUAAGGGGUGGGGUGGGGUUUGCUGUUUUUUAAAAAUGAUCUUUGAAGAAAAAAAGUUUAAGUGUAAUUUUGUGUUAAUUAUGAGAAUGGGAAUGACACACAUUGUGGGGGAACAUGGGCAACCCUGUGCCACUACACCUUGAACUCAGUCCAAACACUGUGAUGCAUAGUGAGGGGCAGCUGUCAAGGAUUUAGGUCCAAAACACACUGCAGAAAUUAUCCCGUUGGAGGGAGGACAAUUUUAAAAAAUAAAUAAAACAUGGAAUUUUGGAUUGAUUGA